AUGCAUUUUGCUACAUCAAAUGACAAGUGUUGUAGCAAAAUUAAGAAGAUAGUUGUUUCUCUUUCCCAAUUUCCUAGGUACAACAGCAGUAGUGCUGAACUUUCUUCGAGAUUUUCUUCCUGCGACUUUCAUGAAAUAUAUAAAUCCGCUAGUCUUCAGCAUUGGUACAAGAAUUGGAAUGAAUUGAGAAAGCAUAAACUUACAGCUAGCACUUUUGGUCAAGCUGUUGGUUUUUGGCCUAAGCGUAGAGGCCAACUCUGGUUGGAGAAAAUUGGGGCGGUUGAACCCUUCUGGGGUAAUGAUGCCACAGCUUGGACUAACAUCAAGGAACAGGAGGCUCUUGUAAGAUAUAAGCUAAUUACUGGAAAUCCUAUCUCUUUUACUAAUUUUAACGUCUAUCGGGAAAUGAACAAGGGGGUUGACUGGCUUGGAGCUUCCGCAGAUGGUGUGGUUGACAAGUUUGUUUAUCAUUUACCAUCCAGAGGGGUUUUAGAGAUCAAGUGCCCGUACUUCAAUGGUGAUAUGACUAAGGCGACUCCUUGGAAAAGAAUUCCCAUUUAUUAUGUUCCACAAGCUCAAGGUUUAAUGGAAAUAUUGGAUCGAGACUGGAUGGACUAUUAUGUUUGGACUACCAAAGGAAGCAGUUUGUUUAGGAUGUAUCGUGAUGAAGAAUAUUGGCAACUCUUGAAGAUUGCAGUUUCUGACUUCUGGUGGAACCAUGUCCAGCCAGCAAAGGAGUUGUGCAAGAGAUCGCACAUCAAAAAUCCCCUUGUUAAACUUGUGUCCUAUAAGCCAGGACCUAAGCAUGAAUUGUUCCGGUCUAUUAUCUAUGAAAGUAGGCGUGUGCUUGAAAAUUCCACGUUGCUUAUGCGUGAAAUUGAUGGAAAAUUACAGAACUGA